CUCCUUGCUGGGUUGACUUUGAAACGUCAGCCCCGUCUGCGGUCUGGAGCGUUUGGCAUUCCAGCCGUCACUGUCUCCUUGCUGCUCCCAAGAUCUGUGCACGAAACUGGAGUUCUCUCCUGAAAACGCCUCCCGGCAAGUUUUACUAGCUAAGACCGAAUUGUCAUAAUGGCACCAAAGAAGAAAAGUGCCAAAAAAAACAAAAGUGAAAAGAAUGAAUUACCAAAAAUAAGUAUUGUUGAGGAAACAACCAUUGAUAUAGACCAACUGAACCACCUCAAUACUCUCUUCGAUAGUGGAUCAAAUGGAUUUCGAUGCACAGCCACAGAAAUCACCAAUCCCAACCAUGGUUCUAUCAUCUUGGAGGAAAUCAGCAGAAUGCGCCAGGAGAGACUUCUCACUGAUCUCACACUAUCCACAAAAAACAAAUCCUAUUACGUCCACAAAGUGGUGAUGGCAGCUUGCAGUGAUUAUUUCCGCAGCAUGCUGAAGAAAGAUCCAUCUGUCCAAUGUGUAGAUGUCAAUGAUGUGUCACCUUUGGGUUUGGCCUCUGUCAUAAGCUAUGCCUACACAGGGACACUCAGUUUGUCUCUUUACACCAUUGGAUGCACCAUUGCUACUGCCACCCAAUUCCAAAUGUAUACUUUGAUCAACAUGUGUGCUGACUUCCUCAUUCAAGAAAUUAAUGUAGAAAACUGCAUGUACAUCUCCAACAUUGCUGGAACAUAUGGGCUCAAGCAGGUUAAAGAAUCAGUGAGGAAAUUUAUACGUGAAAAUUUCUUGGAGUUUUCGGAGAAUGAUCAAUUCAUGAAGCUGACUUAUGACCAAAUUAGUGACUUGUUAAUGGAUGAUAGCCUGCAACUGCCGUCUGAGCUCACUGCUUUCCAAAUUGCUAUGAAGUGGUUGCAGUUUGACUCCAAGAGGGUGAAACAAGCAGCCGAUUUGUUGAGUAAUAUCAGAUUUGGAACCAUUUCAGCUCACGAUCUGGUCAGUUAUGUUCAACCUAUCCCAUGUAUGAUGCAAGAUCCAGACUGCCAUCGACUUCUAGUUAAUGCCAUGAACUACCACCUCCUGCCUUAUCAACAGAACUUGAUGCAGUCUAGAAGAACAAAGCUAAGAGGGGGACAGAAGGUAUUGGUAACUGUGGGUGGUCGGCCAGCUUUGACUGAGAAGGCUUUGAGCAGAGAAAUUUUAUACAGAGACCCUGAAAAUGGAUGGAACAAACUUGCGGAAAUGCCAGCCAAGAGCUUCAAUCAAUGUGUAGUGGUGAUGGAUGGCUUUUUGUAUGUGGCUGGUGGUGAAGAUCAAAAUGAUGCCAGAAAUCAGGCUAAACAUGCUGUCAGCAAUUUAAGCAGAUAUGACCCUCGAUUCAAUACUUGGUUUCACCUCUCCAGCAUGCUCCAGAAGCGAACCCACUUCAGCAUGUGUGCUUAUAAUGGCCUCCUCUUUGCUCUGGGAGGUCGGAAUUUGGAAGGUCCUCUAACAGCCGUAGAAUGUUACGUCCCUUCCACCAAUCAGUGGCAGAUGAAGGCUCCAAUGGAGGUCUCCCGCUGCUGCCAUGCUUCUGCAGUGAAUGACGGCCAAAUCCUGGUAUCUGGUGGCUACAUCAACAAUGGCUACUCUCGCACUGUUUGCACCUAUGACCCUACAACAGAUACAUGGAAGGACCGUGCCAGCCUGAGCACCCCGAGAGGCUGGCACUGUUCCAUCACCCUUGGUGACUAUAGCUACGUGAUGGGUGGUAGUCAGCUUGGACCACACGGUGAGCGGGUUGAUGUGUUAACAACUGAACGCUACAGUGCCUACAAUGGCCAAUGGAGCUACGUGGCUCCUCUAUCGAUUGGCGUGAGCACUGCGGGUGCAACGACCCUGAACGACAGAAUCUAUCUAGUUGGAGGCUGGAAUGAAAGUACAAAAAAGUACAAGAGUUGCAUCCAAGUCUACAAUCCCGAUCUGAAUGAAUGGGCUGAGGAAGAUGAUCUACCCGAAGCCACCGUGGGUGUUUCUUGCUGCACCAUCAUGUUACCCAACAACAAACUUAGAGAGUCUAGAGCAAGUUCUGUGGCAUCUGCAGCAAUCAGUAUCUGAUGAACAUCAUGUUUUAAUUACAAAAGAAAAUCUCCCCCCACAUCCCAUGCUCAGAACCCACUCAGGAAUCUAAACCCUAUGUUACUACACCAUUCCUGCCCCAUUCCAUGAAUAAUAUCCUAGAUCAGACUGAAGCAGCGGGUGGCUCUGUCUAAUGACCAACAAAGUUUUAUCUGUAUGAAAGAGCUCGGCAGAUGAUCUUAACCACAAUUGCGCCCGCAACAUUGUGAAGUGCAGAGAUAUUUUCAUUUUCCAAACAAGUUUCAUCAAAUAUUUUUGCGAAGGUAGUCCAAAAAGCCAAGUCGUAUCUAUUUAUCAAAUUGAACAAUUCACUGGCCUUGGGAGCCUCCAAGACACAAUCAUAUCAUGGACAAUGACUAUCAAAAGUAUUAACUGAUUCUAUUAUGUGGAGAACAAAAAGUUUUACUUCUGGAACUCAGACUUGGUAAAGUGGCAUCAAUAUUAACCAGCUCGAGUGAGGAACAGCCGACAAAAUGUAAACUACGUUUAAAAUGUAUAUUACAGCUCCAGUUCAGAAGUCAGAAAAGGAACACCUAUAUCAAUUCUAUUCUCCCUUUUUUAACAUCUCCAUGGUAGUGAAUGUUUGUACGUAAAAGGUAAGGUCUUAACUUCUGAUGAGUAGUGAUAGCCCGUGCCUCUCCCCAAAGUUUUUCUGAACAUUUGACAAUGUUUAGGGAGCCUCACUAGGUACAGUCAAAGCAAUUGGGAAAGCUUACAGGUACUGCUUCUGUUGAUCAUUUUAAAUGUAUCAAUCAAACAAUCAAAAAUCAAGAUGGAAGCUCAACGAUUUAAGGAAUGGGUUCUUUGGACAAAAUGGGUCUUCCAGAAUUGAUUUUAGAAGAACAACAAUCAUUUAAAUAAGAUGCGUUACUGUUUGAUGGAAGUAAAAGUCUGAAUCUCGAGCUGCUGAGUUUGAUCAGCUCUGUGAUAAUAAGGUUGUGAAAAACAGCAUUGAGAUAGAUAUAUUUGCAAUCGUUUAUGUAGCAGGAAGGGAAGGUAUGUUGUAGUAAUUCCAUUAUUUACAGAAAUUGGGAAGAUGCAGUAAAUCACCUCCUGAGGCUUAAACUUUUAACUAUAAAGUUAGCAAGUAUGAACAGAAAAGUGAUUGAGAUGUUAUUGGUGUCUUCAUUUUAAUACUCCCUAAGCACCAGAAUUGAAAGAGUUCUCUUUCUACCUUAAUAACAAAAGGUAUUGAAAAAUCCAUUAUGUUUCCUUGGUGCAAGCUCCAACAAUUCAGAAGGCCAAGACACAAAUCAAUACAUAGUGUUAGAAAUACUCAAUAAGUCAGGCAGAUAUAAUGUUCAAGGUCAAUAGCUCUUUUUAAAAAUUGAAAGAAUUUGGUUAAAACUGCAAAGGAUGGAGAAAAGAAAGAGAACAUCUGUGAUAGGGUGGACCAAAGGUUGGUCUAGUGAUGCAAGUUUUCCAAAGCCACCAAAAUUAAUAUCCAUGAAUGACAGAAAGUAAGAAUCAUGCUGGAACUUUGAUAUACAGAACAACCAGAAUUCACAGUUAAUGCCUUAGUUGGGGAAUUUUGCAUCAGAACCAUUUUCUGAUUAACAUGUAGCUAUCUGAAAUUGUUGAAUUUACUGUUAAACCUCAUCAGAUGGGAGGUGUACAGAUAAGAGAGCUCCAAUUCCACGAGCAUUCUCUGGGCUUCAUUGAUAUAGUGUAGGAGCCAAAGACCAAAAACUGAGAGUGAGAAUUACAAUAAUAGGAACUUUGAACACUCGGUCAACUUCCUCCACUUUUCUAAUGAAGCCAAACAUAUAACCAUAUAACAAUUACAGCACGGAAACAGGCUACCUCAGCCCUUCUAGUCUGUGCAGAAUGCUUACUCUCACCUAGACCUACCAACUUGCACUCAGCCCAUAAUCCUCCAUUCUUUUCCUGUCCAUAUACCUAUCCAAUUUUUUUUUAAAUGACAAUAUCAAACCUGCCUCUACCACUUCUACUGGAAGCUCGUUCCACACAGCUACCACUCUCUGAAUAAAGAAGUUCCCCCCCCCCUUGUUACCCCUAAACUUUUGUCCCCUAACUCUCAGCUCAUGUCCUCUCGUUUGAAUCUCCCCUACUCUCAAUGGAAAAAGCCUAUCCACGUCAACUCUAUCUAUCCCCCUCAUAAUUUUAAAUACUUCUAUCAAGUCCCCCUUCAACCUUCUACACUCCAAAGAAUAAAGACCUAACUUGUUCAAUCUUUCUCUGUAACUUAGGUGCUGAAACCCAGGUAACAUUCUAGUAAAUCUCCUCUGUACUCUCUCUAUUUUGUUGACAUAUUUCCUAUAAUUUGGUGACCAGUACUGUACACAAUACUCCAAAUUUGACCUCACCAAUGCCUUUUACAAUUUUAACAUUACAUCCCAACUCCUAUACUCAAUGCUCUGAUUUAUAAAGGCCAGCAUACCAAAAGCUUUCUUUACCACCCCAUCCACAUGAGAUUCCACCUUCAGGGAACUAUGUACCAUUAUUCCUAGAUCACUCUGUUCUACUGCAUUCCUCGAUGCCCUACCAUUUACCAUGUAUGUCCUAUUUUGAUUAGUCCUACCAAAAUGUAGCACCUCACACUUAUCAGCAUUAAACUCCAUCUGCCAUCUUUCAGCCCACUCUUCUAACUGGCCUAAAUCUCUCUGCAAGCUUUGAAAACCUACUUCAUUAUCCACAACGCCACCUAUCAUAGUAUCAUCUGCAUACUUACUAACCUCUUCAAAAAAUUAAAUAAGAUUUGUCAAACAUGAUCUUCCACGCACAAAUCCAUGUUGACUGUUCCUAAUCAGACCCUGUCUAUCCAGAUAAUUAUAUAUACCAUCUCUAAGAAUACUUUCCAUUAAUUUACCAACCACUGAUGUCAAACUUACAGGCUGAUAAUUGCUAGGUUUACUCUUAUAACUCUUUUUAAAUAAUGGAAUCACAUGAGCAAUACGCCAAUCCUCCGGCACCAUCCGUGUUUCUAAUGACACUUGAAAUAUUCCUGUCAGAGCCCCUGCUAUUUCUACACUAACUUCCCUCAAGGUCCUAGGGAAUAUCCUGUCAGGACCCGGAGACUUAUCCAUUUUUAUAUUCUUUAAAAGCGCCAGUACUUCCUCCUCUUUAAUCAUCAUAGUUUCCAUAACUACCCAACUUGUUUCCCUUACCUUACACAAUUCAAUAUCCUUCUCCUUAGUGAAUACCGAAGAAAAGACUGUACCUUCUUUUCUUUAUAGGCAUGUUGGAAUCCUCGGCUCAACACAGAGUUCAAUAUUUCAGAUAACUAACCUUUUUUUGCUUUUAUGAGAACUGAAUACCUCUGAUGCAAGUUCACCCACCUAUAGCAUUAAAUUUGUUUUUCCCCUCUCUCCAUAGAUCUGCUGAAUAUUUCCUGCAAUCUUUUUUUCAGAUUUUCAACAAUUUAUCUGCAUCUCCCAGUUUCAGCAUGAUUUUUCCUCUCUUUCACCAAUGGUCCUCAAUUAUCUGUUAACUAAAUUACCCCAAAAACAUUACUUCAGCCACACACUUGGUCACCACCCCAUCAAAAACAUUUUCUUUGUUAUCUCCAAAUUAAAACACAUACAGAUCCCAAUUUUCCAGUUACAAAGAAGGGCUGUUGACCCAAAACAGCAACUGUUCUUCCUCUCUUCUCACAUGGGGACUGACCUGCUGAGUAUUUCCAGUACUUUGUUUUUGUUUCAGAUUUCCAUUAUUUGCAGCUUCUGAUUUUUAAAAUACAAAUAAGAAACUGGGAGAGGGAAAGUCAUGUGCCUGAAAUAUUAACUCAGCCCUCCAAUGUCCACUGAUGCUGCUGGACCCGCUGAGCGUUUUCAGCUCAUAAUUUGUACUUAUAAUAAUGAAUCCCAUAGACAAAACAGAAUGGAAGAUGUAAAUGGCCAUUUCCCUAAAUGAUUUCAAAUAUCAGCACCAAGUCUGAAGACUUGUGCCUACAUAGAACUUUACUUUUUAUUGGAUUGAAUAAAAUGGUUCAUCCAAUAGUAAUGAGGAUUGAGCUCAAGAAUUAGUCCUUGAUGGAAAUCAAAUGAAACAAAGCUGUAAUGAACAUGAAUAAAAAGGAAGGACAUUUGGUUCUUAAGGUCAAACAAUCAUAGAUUGAAAAUAUCUAACCAAAUACGUGGCAAACUAAAUACUACCCAUCACAUUGCAAGUUUAAGAUAAAAAAUCCUGAAUUUGCUUUAAUGACAUUAUUGGCUCACAGCUAAAAUAUUACACAAAAUGCUAAACAAUUAUAGGAAGAGGAACAAAAAAUGGCUCAGCCCACCAUGUCCUGUUUUAAGUACUGUAACAUCUGUCUUAAUUAAGAUGUGGUGUAAAUUCCAAUGGCGGCAAAUGCUUGAGCCUAGUCUAAUCCCCUCCCUUAAAAUGCAGAACGAAGAUAAAAAUCUGUAUUUAGUCCAGAAUUUAGGAAGAUUUUAGACAUGACAUGAAAGAAAAAAAAACAGCAUGUACUUCAAAACAAAAAUGAUUUUGGUUGGUUCAGUAUUUCCCGGGAGCUGAAAGUUAUUCAUCUACUUGUCCCUGCCACAAGUGGAUCCCCAGAGAGAAUAUACUGACCUGACCCAUCCACAAAUGCCAGAAAUACUUUGACAUUAAAAUCUUUAACAUACUAUAAAGAUGAAAGUACAUUUAUUUAAAUUAGGUUUCUGAAAUAAAUUACCUAAAACCUGCCUGCCUCUCUAUUUGAAAUGAAUGGAAUCAUUGUGGAUUGUUCAGAUUUUCUAGUAUACAUAACGCCUAGGAACCUGCAGGAGGUUUUUGCUCCCCUGCCAGACUCCAUGACAAAUCCAAUGUCACAGCACAUUCAGAGUCAGAGCAGCAAAGUUCUGUCAAAAAGUUUGGGAUUUUCAUUGUGUUAACGCAAAGUCCUGACCAUCCUGGGAAAAUGGCUUAUGUUACACAUAGAACUAGAAAAUUUAUUUUUUUUUGUUGAUUCUAGAAUUGCAUUUAACUUAACUCAGCUUGGAAUAUAAUUACAUUUCAAGUUUAGUUACAAAUAACAAUCGUAAUUUCUGUACGGAUCUCAGAAAUGUGAAGAUAGUAAAACUGUGCUGGUGGUGGAAAGAUUUAGUGCUGGUUUUAAGAAAAGGCAAGAAGCUUUAAGAAAGAUUAUAGUGAAGUUAAUGGAAUCUUGAGCAGUUUAAGGUGUUGAAUUUUAAAAUGUUGAAGUUAAUGUAAGAGAAUAAGAAGGGUCACUGAAAAAGGUUAAUUUUGACUUACUUGUUAAUGAAAGCUAAUGUCCAGUGUUUUUUUUUUAAACAUGGCAAUACAUUUGUUACUGUUUCUUUUGCCAGGAAAAGGUUACAAACAUUUCAAAUAGCCUUGCAAUGUACAAUUAUAAAAUAUUAUCAAUGCUGGAAAUUGCCGGGUAUGGGUUUUACAGGAAUUAAACUGGUAGGGGGAGAAACAUUACAGAGAACUAUACUAAAUCACCAGUCUAACAUUCAACUGCAAACUCAGCUUUGAUGUACUGAGACCCUGUCAUGGCUUGACUAUGGCCUUCAAGAAUCAGGCAAGCACAGAAAAUACAGAUAUGUAUCAAAAAGAAGUCAGUUACAUGAUACCUCUUCAAGAAAGUUACCACUGUAAAAUAAACAUUUGAUACCAGUUGAACUAUCUUCAGCUUUUACUGCUGACAUUUUCCAAUUUUGUAUUUACUAUUGCUACCAUAUUAACAUGGAAGGCAACAGAGGCAAUACCGACCACGAAAGAAAAAAAAUAAUAUGGAACAAAUACACAAAAUAACCAGAUUGAACCCUAACAGAUUUCCUAAUUUUAGAAUAAGAUUAUUUUACUGAAAUCUUAAUUGUAUUCAAAUAGGAUAAUUAUUAAGAACCCUCACCCCCGCCAACCGUUUGCCAACACCAGCACUGAAAUUUCUCCAAUAUGAUUGAAUGGAAUGGUUUCAACCAGUCAAAUCAAGCUUCACUUAUCUAAACUUCAUUCUCCUCCAGAGGGAGUCAAUUCCAAUCUUUAGACAGUAUAACACUGGUAGACAGGCUGUGACUGAAGUUAGUAAAGGUUUUGUGAACAACAGUGAAAGUAAAAAUGGCUUGUUGAAUUUUAAAUUGCCUUGAUCUAUUACAAAACGGCUGUCUCCUUGCAUAUUCACUGUCAUAAAAGGUGAUUUACAAUUUGUGUGAAUAAAAAUAUAUAAAUGGUAAACAUUGCGCUUUCAUUGUAUUUAUCACUUCCCUCACAUUUAUAGAUUUUACACAAUGUAAUGCCAUAUUGAAUUAAGAGUGCUUCAUUUCAAUCAUUAAAAAUCUGCCAAUUAGCCAAUUGAUUGAGUCAAAGCACUCUUAAAAUUGCUCUGCAAAAUGAACCAAUAUUAGAUGGAUUAAAAAGUAUUAGAAAUCCUUAGAAUUAUUACUGUAUUAAUAUUCUAGCUAUGCACUCCGUUAGAAUGAGAAAUUAUGAAUAGCAUUUUCCCUUAAAAGGAUAAAAAUAAUAAAAUGCUAGAAAAAAAUGUUUACAACAUAGUUAGAAAGUAAUAGUGAAUGUUUAUGAUAAAAGCUAGACAUUAAGAGGCUCCUUAAGGAAUGUGUGUAAAGGAGAAAUGAAAGCACAUAAAACUAAGAAAACAGAGCCAGUUCUAGCACCUCAAAACCUGGCUGAUAGAGUAAAAGCUCAAUAUCAAAGAACCUUCUGUCUAGUGAAUCUAGUUAGCAAUAGGAUAGGAAUUGAGAAGUAAAGUUACUCAGUGCCAAAUUGCCCAAUUUUCAUUACAAAUGUUCCCAAUAAUGAAUUUGUGGUCAAUCACCCACCUCACCAAGAGCAUAAUCGUGAAGUCACAUUUGCUAAGCUCAGAAUGUCCUAUUCCUUUUGAACAAUCACUCACAACUGCACUGUCAAGGGUGAUAGUGGAGUGAAAUACAAUGGGCAUUUAAGAGGUUCUUGGAUAGGCAAAUGAAUAUGCAGAAAAUUGAGGGAUACAGACAUUGUGUAGCAGAAAGGAUUAGUUUAACUACUAGAUUAAUUACAGAUCGACACAUUGUGGGCAAGGGUCUGUUCCUGUGCUUGUAUUGUUCUCUGUUCUAUGUUGGCAAGGCUAUGCAAAAUUACUUAAAUGUUUAAGCUUUGACUCGAAGAAUGAGCAUUCGGAUGAAGGAUUGAUUGAUGGCACUUAACCACAUGCACAUGAGAAGGCAUACAGGGCUGCCAGGUCUAGCAAAA